GAAGAAAACAAAAAAAAAAAAAAUGAGAGGUUGACCUUGUUUUGCUCCUUUGGUUUAACUCAAAAUUUCCCAUCAAAAUCUCUGGUUUUUUUCUUGUCUUACCCCAAAUUUCUCCCUCCAAUCAAUACCAAUAAUCUAUACUAAUCAAAAAGAAAAAAGUAGGUAAAGCAAGAAGGAAGAAAAAGUUAUCAUACACAAUAUAUCACCAUUUUUCACAUUUGAACUUCCUUUUUUCUGUAUGAAGAAUUGUUUUGCCUAAUCUAAUCAUCUGCUUUCUGGGUUUCUAUAAUAAUCACCAAAAAUUACCUAGGAAUUUCUUGUCUAAAUUCCAUUUUUUGUGGGAUUUUUAUAUUGAAAUUUCUUGGCAUUUUUUUUACCUUUUUUUUUCUGAAUAUUUUUUGGCAUUUUUGGAUUGAAGUGUUUUCUGGGGAUUUUUUGUUCAAGCUUUAUUGAUCAUUUUGAGUAAGUUUUAUGAGUCUUGAGCUCAUAAUUUAGAGAUUUUUUUGCUGCUGGAAGUGGAUUUGUCAAUGUAUUGAUAGAUAUUUGAUUGAGGUGAAUUUCUUAUUGUGGUAAAGAAAGGGUUUAUGCUAUUAUGAGUACAGAAAUUGAAGAAAUACAACAACCUUCUAUGGUUCAAUCUGGGGAAGAUGAGGAACAGCUUAAGGCAGAUUCAUCAAGUGAAAAAUUAAUGAAUCAGUGAAAAUCUGGAAUCCUCUAAUGGCAUAGAGGAUAAUGCAAAAUCUGUAGAAGAUUCAUCAUCCCCACCAGUUUUAGUCAACACAACCGGGUCAUCUGUACCCGUUGUUGAGGAUUCGGGUUUUCCUUCUGAUGAAAUUGUUGAGUCAGGUGGUCCAUCAAAUAGAGAACUGGAUAAUCACUCAAAUUCAGAUGGCGCAGGAUUUGCUGCAAAAGAUAAUCAGAUGUCCUCUGACGGAGAUGGGGGCAAGAAUAUUAAGGCUUCAACUGUAAGGGGAGAUCCUACUAGCCCCUCUAACCUUAAUGCCGAAUAUGACUUGAGCAGGAUCCUUAUUGAUACGGCAGCGCCUUUUGAAUCUGUGAAAGAAGCAGUUUCUAAGUUUGGAGGCAUUGUUGACUGGAAAGCUCAUAAAAUCCAGACUGUUGAGAGACGAAAAAUCAUUGAACAAGAACUUGUGAAGGUGCAGCAAGAGAUCCCACUAUACAAGGAACAGUCCGAGAUGGCUGAAAAAUCAAAGAACCAAAUACUGAAAGAUUUGGAAAACACUAAGAGACUUAUUGAGGAAUUGAAGCUAAAUCUUGAAAGAACACAGAUGGAGGAGCGGCAGGCUAAACAAGAUUCCGAACUGGCUCAACUCAGAGUUGAAGAGAUGGAACAAGGCAUUGCCCAUGAGGCCAGUGUGGCGGCCAAGCAACAGCUUGAAGUGGCUAAAGCUCGUCAUGCUGCUGCGAUUGCCGACCUAAAGUCUGUUAAAGAAGAGCUGCAAUCGCUGCAAAAGGAACACACUUUUUUACUGACCGAAAAAGAAGACGUCGUGAAUAAAGCCAAAGAGGCUGUCUCUGCAUCCAAGGUUGUUGAAAAGACGGUGGAGGAACUAACCAUCGAGCUGAUUUCUACCAAAGAAGCCUUAGAGUCUGCACAUGCUGCUCAUCUGGAGGCGGAAGAACAGCGAAUCGGAGCAGCUAUGGCCAAGGAGCAAGACAUUCUGUCUUGGGAUAAGGAAUUGAAACAGGCCGAAGAGGAACUGGAGAAACUAAACCAGCAAAUCGAGUCGGCUCGGGAACUGAAAACGAAAUUGGACUCAGCAACCGUGCUGCUUUCUGAUUUGAAAGCUGAACUGGCAGCAUAUAUGGGGUCAAAAGUUAACGAAGAAAUUAGUGGAACAUCGGCGAUUGCGAGCAAGACGCAUGCAGAUAUGGAAGCAGCAGUUGGUAGUGCAAAUAAAGAACUUGAAGAAGUGAAACUCAAUGUUGAAAAAGCAACUGAUGAAGUAAACUGCUUAAAGGUAGCAUCCACAUCAUUAAAGGCGGAGCUCGAGAAGGAAAAACUGGAAUUAUCCAACCUAAGGCAGAGAGAAGGUAUGGCUUCGAUUGCCGUUGCAUCACUGGAGGCUGAGUUGGAGAAAAUCAAGUCGGAAAUAGUUGUAGUUCAAACGAGGGAGAAAGAAGCCCGAGAGAAAAUGGCGGAGUUGCCCAAGUUAUUGCAACAUGCUUCUCAAGAAGCCGAUUUGGCCAAAUCGGCUGUUAAUUUAGCUCGUGAUGAGUUGAGGAAGGCGAAGGAGGAUGUGGAGCAAGCUAAAGCUGGAGCUAAUACCAUGGAGAGCCGAUUGCUCGCAGCUCAGAAGGAUAUUGAGGCAUCCCAAGCUUCGGAGAAGCUAGCUCUGGCAGCUAUCAAAGCUCUUCAAGAGAGUGAAUCGACCAAAAGUGGUGGUAAUGAGGAGGACUCGCCUAAUCGUGUCACGCUUACUUUAGAAGAGUACUACGACUUGAGCAAACGGGCUCAAGAGGCGGAGGAGCAAGCCAACGAGAAAGUAGCUGCUGCAAUGUCGCAAAUCGAGGUAGCCAAAGAAUCCGAAUUGAUAUCGUUGAACCAAUUGGAAGAAGCGAACAAAGAGUUGGACGAGAAAAAGGAAGCUCUUCGGAUAUCUAUUGAAAAGGCUGAAAAGGCCAAAGAAGGGAAACUGGGUGUGGAGCAGGAGUUAAGGAAAUGGAGGGCCGACCAUGAGCAACGUCGUAAGGCCGAAUUAAGGCAAGGUGCCACAAAUAGCCCAAGGAAGAGCACUGGGGAAGGACAAGGAUUAAAGGGUAUUGACAAAUUAUCGGAUGCUUCCAUAUUUGGACAAGGAAUCAAAAUUGAGAGAGUAGUGGACGCUUCUUCUGCUCCUGUCCCACAUGGGCAAGGACUUGGGUUGAAAAACUUGGAGCAGAUAGCCAAUCCUUCGGCUGGCCCUGCCUACGGCUCAGAAAGUCCACCCGACAAUGGAAGAAGCCCACGGGCUACUUUUGGUGCAAGUAACACCAUGAAGAAAAAACGGAGGUCUCUUUUCCCAAGGUUCUUUAUGUUCUUCACUAAGAAAAAAUCAUCGUCAAAGACAUCUUAGGCUCAUGGGUUCAAGCCACAAAGUUCUCUUGUGAUGGCGAUCGAUAAUGUAUUGACGAUCAUAUGUUUUUUUAUUGGUAAAUUUGAGCUUUACCUAAAUUCUUAUGUACAUGUAUAUUGAAAUACUUGGAAAAUUCCAAGGCACUUUAUACGCCUGUUUUUGAAGCUUUAAUAGUAAAAGAAAGACAUUGGAGGGGAUUAAGGUAAUGUAUAGAUGAAACUUAAGAAGAUGAAGCGAGUGACGAAAAUCUAAGUUCAGUACUUGAAAUUGUAGUGACAAUCUCUUUUAUUUUAUACGAAAAUGUUGAUUCAAUCUUAAAAUUUGUUUCUCUAAAAGAUUAUUCUCCUGGGCUAG